AUGCCGUCUGAUGCAAAAAAGAAGCGUGAUCUUCAAAAGAAAGCUGCCGCUAAACAACGUCAAGCACCGUCAGGUAAAAAAGCCAGUACAACAAAUGCCAAUGAUGCCGAUACCAAUCCAAAUGAUGAAGAUUUAUUGGAAGACAAUGAUGAUGAUGAUGAAAUACAAAAUGAAAAUAAAAAUCCUACAAAUCAAUCAAAUGGAGCAAAGAAUGAGACCAAUGGUGCAACAACCGAUGCUGAUCCAAAUGUUAAAUCAUUAAUACAAAAUCUUGAUUUAUUAAAUAUGGUUGAAAAAGCGAACGCCGAAGCAAGAUCAUGCACUGGUGUUCUCGGAAGUCAUCCUCGUGGUCGUGAUAUUCAUAUUCAUCAGUUUUCAGUGACUUUUCAUGGACAAGAAAUAUUAUCUGAUGCAGACUUUGAAAUGAAUUGUGGUAGAAGAUAUGGUCUUGUAGGUUUAAAUGGAUCAGGAAAAUCAACUAUACUUGCUGCUAUUGGAAAUCGAGAGGUACCAGUCCCAGAACAUAUCGAUAUCUUCUAUUUAUCACGUGAAAUGGCACCAGUAAAUAAAACGGCAUUGGAGUGCGUUAUGGAAGUUGAUCAUGAACGAAUUAAACUCGAAGCUGAAGCUGAACAUUUAGCGACUCUAAGUGAUGAUCAUGGUAAGUUGUAUGCAAGAAAAAAAGAAGUUUUUAGUCGAAUUAGUUUUCUUUUUCUGAAAAUGAACAAUUAA